CUCCCCUUUCUGAAAACAUCAAAUAGUAGAAGUCUGUGGGUAUUACAAACAAAACCUAAAAGUGCUUCUGGAAAUGGCCUCUUCUUUUCCAAUGGCACUAUGUGCCUUGGCAAUAUGUUUGUUAGCUACACAUGUAGCAGCUGAUUACAAGCCUUACAUGUCCCCACCGCCACCAUCACCUUACUAUUAUAAGUCACCGCCACCGCCGUCGCCCCCACCUCCACCUCCUCCUUACUACUACAAAUCACCACCUCCUCCAUCUCCAUCACCACCACCUCCAUACUACUACAAAUCCCCUCCUCCCCCUUCACCAUCUCCUCCACCUCCGUACUAUUAUAAGUCUCCUCCACCUCCGUCUCCCUCGCCGCCACCUCCUUAUUACUAUAAGUCACCACCUCCUCCAUCUCCCUCACCACCACCUCCAUACUACUACAAAUCCCCUCCUCCCCCUUCACCGUCUCCUCCACCUCCGUACUAUUAUAAGUCUCCUCCACCUCCGUCUCCCUCGCCGCCACCUCCUUAUUACUAUAAGUCACCACCUCCUCCAUACUAAACAAGUCACUACAAGUGAUCAACUCAUGUCAUAGGUUAAUGGAAAAUGUAAUUGCUAUAAGAAGGAAAAUGAUACUAUGUUGGGGUUCAAUGAGCUUAGCCAUGACAUGCUUCUGGAGAAUAAAGUGGGCUCAAACAAUCCAUAUGCUUCAAAUUUUGCUUUUAUGAAAAUUUCAUGUUGCAAUCAUGUAUUUAGAUACACUUUAUGUGUUUUCUUAUAUGUUCAAUCAAUGUAUGUCUAGCUGUUGAUACAUUUGAGAUAAUAAAAACCAACUUUAUGCAUAAAGAAGUAAAACCACAUACUUUCGUUA